AGCAAGAACAGCUGUUGUAAAGUUACUAAUAUUAAAAGACCGCUCGUUUGUGAAAUUGAAGCACAAGAGGCAACGUUGUUAUGUUAAGCGUUAGCUGACCUGUCCAGGGUGCUGACGUAAAGUUAGCCAACGGUAGCUAGCUAGUCUGCUACCAACGAAUGCCGCGUGUCUCCUAUAGGCUAUGCGCUGCCUGCCGCGUUCCUCACCGACACCACCGGAUAUAACAAGAUCGUGGAAUUAACAAGAGUGAAGACCGUCUUUAUUGUAUGGUUUUGUUCGGCAGUCCUCUGACUUAGGAGGUCGUUGGGUUUGAAUUUCCCUGUCGCGUUAUCCUAAGCUAGAGCUGGUAGGCGUUAGCAAGAUAAUGCAGAUGAUACAAGGGGUGCAACUUCACGUUCACGAUAAGUCACAUAUCCAACGGUUUACUGAGUUUGCCAAACGUGCCCCAGAUGUCCCCAGUCGCCUUGUCCAUCCUGCGCUUCUCAAAUAAAUCCCAUCUCUUCCCUGGAAUAAAUCACCGCCUCGUCCUGUGAGGAGGGAGUGCGUUUCUCGAUAGCUGUUCAGCAAAGAAGACACCCGCCUGCUGGCGUGAACCCAGUACGUGUCGGGAGAGAGAUCAAAAUGUGGGCUGAGUCGAGGACGCCUCCCGGAGCCAACGAACCCGUGUUGCCCGGGCUGUGACGGAGCUUCUAACGGGCCGCUAUCUGAUCGGACAGGACCGGAGUCUACGCAGUCUUCCUGAUGAGUGUGUCGGUGUUGAGCAUGUGGCGCCUCCUGGUGGCGGGGAGCGUGUUCUUCCCCGGCCUCUUCCUCGCCUGCAAACUCCUCCUCAAGCUCCAGCGCUGGGAAGAGGGAGACGCCGUCAUGGUGUCCGCCAGAGUGGUCUCCUCCAUUCAGGCCCUCAUGGCCUCCUCAGCUGGUUACAUCAUCGCCUCCUCCUGCCAGGACAUCAUGGAGGAUCAGCAUUGGCUGACAAGCGCCUACAUCCUAUUUGCGGUGCCGUAUUUUGUGUACGACAUCUAUGCCAUGUUCCUCUGCCACUGGUAUAAGACGCAGGUCAAAGGGCACGAGGCCACGCCCCUCAGCACAGUGAUUGGCUACCUGCGCCGGGAGUUCCUCAUGGUGCUACACCACGUUGUCAUGGUGCUGGUCUGCUUCCCUGUGUCUGUGUUCUGGCGGCAGGGGAAAGGGGACUACUUCCAGGGCGUGAUGUUCCUUGCUGAGAUGAGCACUCCGUCCGUCUGCCUAGGAAAGAUACUCAUUCAGUAUAAGCUGCAGCAAACCCUGCUCCAUAAGCUCAAUGGAGUUCUCAUGUUGGUAACUUUCUUCAUCUGUCGAGUUGUUCUCUUCCCCUACCUCUACUUUGCAUACGGCAGGUAUGCAUCCAUCCCGUUGUACCUGGUGCCAGUGUCGGUGCCGUGGCAGUGCAAUGUAGGCGCUGGCCUGCUGAUGGCGCCGCAGGUCUACUGGUUCUGCCUCAUCUGCAGAGGAGCCUUCAGACUCUUCACCAGGGGCCAGAAACACACACACACACACACACUCACUCCGCCCGCCAACGGAUACAAGCCGCCACACACACACUGAGUCCAACACCAGCACACACACACACCAACACUCACACCUGUCCGCCAACAGAUACAAGCCUCCGCAUACACACUCACACACACACACACACACACACACACACACACACACACACACACACACUGAGCCCAACACACACACACACUGAGCCCAACACAGGAGUGAGAAAUUGAGCCUGCUGGGACGAACACGGGGAGAGAGAGAGAGGGAGAGAGGUCUGCAUGGCAUCCUCUUGGCCCUCUAGUGGCUGUGUGGGGAUCAGCGCUCAUGUUCUACUGGACCACACAGUUCAAUGGCCAGUCUGACCCGUUGGCCGUGUGUGUGUGUUUUUAAAUAUUUAUGUAGAGUUUGUCAUUUUUUUAUUUAUGUAUUUAUUUAUGGAGGAAUUAUACAAACGUGAAGCAGAUAGUGACCAUGUAGCUGUGAUGAGCUGACCAGAACCAAACGGAGCACCGACCAGAACCAAACGGCACCCAAACGGAGCACCGACCAGAACCAAACGGAACCCAAACGGAGCACCGACCACGGCAUAAAGGGAACCUUGAUAACUGACAGCCAAACAGAACCCAAACGGACCACACGGCAUAAAGGGAACCUUGAUAACUGACAGCCAACGUCUGGCAAAGCAGCGGAGGCACCCUGGGGGCAUAGCCGGGACUCUUGGGGCGCCAGGGGGUGAAAAGUCACCUUGCCCCGCCCCCUGCAAUCUCCGCCCCAGCGGGACUGCAUCAGACACAAGCUCAAAGAAAGGGGUGGAGUUAAACAGUGUUGAUGUCUUCCAUUUUGUUUUUAGUGUAGCUGUUUGUAGUUUGUUUAUGUUUCUUAUUUAUUUAUUGUAGGUGCUGAAUGUAGACCUGUGGCCUGACCACCUGUGGAACCCUGCCCUGCCCUGCCGCUAAUAAACUGCUGGCUCCC